GGACGGCACCUAAUUAUGCGGAGUACUGGGUUUUCCCUCGCUGAUUCAUCGAGCUGUGAGGGCGUGCUGCCGGCGUUGCAGUAGUGUUGCAGCACCUCCGUGAAACGGCUGCGCAGUCUGCUUAGUACAUCCUGUGGGAAGCCGAGCGCUAGACAUGUGUGCACCAUCUGCCUGCACCUCGCAGUCGUGGAUAGGACUGCUGCGUAUUGUUGGGCAUCAAGUUCCAGCUUGGCCUGCAGCAGUAGUUUCGUCGUACUAGCCGAUGACAUGGAACCUGCGCCCACAGGGGUCAGUGGCUUGGAAGGUGCAAUCCAGUCCCUGGAUUCUACGCGGCUGUUGCACAUGGACGCCAGUUUACUUCAAAAGCUUAAAUCCCGUGGCGUGGACCUACAGGCACCCUGCAGCGGAACCCUCGGCAAAACCAAGUGCUGGCUAAGGUGGCACCUGCCCGCUUUGAAUGACGUUCUCUGGAAAGUCUUUAUGCAGGUCAUGGAACAUGCACCCGGUGUAUUCACGCUGAGCAGCAUUCCAGACGCCGAUGUUGACACGGUACGUACAGAUGCCUCUUUGUUGGAGGGCGCUGUGCUCGUGUACAGGCUGCUCGAGAUUCACGGGUGCAUCAAGCGCCUUGUCCUGGGCGUCACGGCUGUUAUGCUGUGGCACUUUCCUGCACUGCUCGGCCGCGCGCUGGAAGCCAGUCGAGGUCUUGUUGAGGCUGCGGGACACCCUGUCGACAAGAACGAGCCAUGGCGGGACACAUGUCAGUGCAGGGUUUUGGCCCGUGCACUGGGUAAGCUGUCCCCUGGGUUGAACUGCUUAGAUGUUACGUCGCUGAAACUUGACCACGUCACAGCAGAGUACAUCGCCGACGGGAUUACGAAGAGCAACCUGCGGCGCCUGCAUCUGUGCAACAAAAUGUCAGCGAGUGUCACACGCAAACUGUUGUCUGCCGUCAGCUCCUGCCAAAGCCUGACGUCCCUCGAGUUCAGCGGUUUCAGAGAGUUCUCGCGGUCCAGUGCAGUUGAGCUCGCAGCCGCCUUGAAGCACAACAGAACGCUACGGAGACUGCUUGUGAAAUUCAUGGAGGCAGACGUCGUCGGCAUUAUCCUUGCAUCUAUGAAGCACAACAAAACCCUCCAGGAACUGUCGUUCGACGAUCCGAUGGACAUUUCGCAUUCUACAUUGUGGGACGGCCUUCAAGCGCUGCGUGCGAACAGGGUGCUCAAACGCUUCGAACUUACCCACGCCUACUUUCCAAGCAGCUGCGCGAUGGUCAUAGCUGAAGUUAUGAGGGACAACAAUGCGCUCGAAGAGCUUUCGCUUUCUUCAAACCGGUUCGGCGACCUUGGAGCGCUAGCAUUAGCUAGGACCCUUGAGGAAAGUUCCUCUUUAAGACGUCUCGACAUCUCCAAGUGCCGAUUAACAGUCGGUGUCGUGUCAAGAUUCGUAGAAGCGGUUUCUCGAAACUGCGCGGUUGAGUGCGUGCGCCUCGGCCACGUCGAUAUCCCUGAAGAGUGGACACCAACCUUGCCUCUUACAGUGGAUGUGUUCGCUCGACUGCACGUCUCGUGGAACACCCGAGCACUUGAGCAAUGGGCCGCGUGUUUGCAGCACGAAGGCCGCCGCUUCACUCGACACUGCCUUGGCUGGACCAAAGGUGUGAACUGCUCGGCCAUCGUGCAGUGGUUUUCGGCACCGUGCGUGAGUCAUGCGUCUCUCGUGGAACUGGUCAUCGAGUGUCCGCGCGCAGUGGGUGCAGACUGCACCGAAGCCGUCGUCUCUUUUCUGGAGACCACACGUACCCUUAAAAAACUCGUCGUGCGUCCGUUCCAGUGUGAAUACGUCUUUUCAACUGCGAUUAUUAACGGCCUCGCCCGUAACAACACCGUAUGCGAGGCCGAGUUCCACCAGACGCUCCGCGCACAUCUGGACGUCAAGGCUGUCCAGGCGCUGCUGCUUGCCAACAGAACCUUACACCGUCUCAAGUUCAGGGACGAGUCUCUCCCCAGCAAGGCACCUAUAUUGCUGGCGCGUGCUUUGGAGGCAAACUUCGUGUUCCUGACGCUGGAAUUUGAUCACCACUACACGCGAAACGACAUGUACCCAAUAGUGAGCGCCCUGAACAGGAACCGAUCACUGCUAAACAGAGCAGUCGAAUGUGUUUUGGACGCUGCUAGGGAUGAGCAGUCGGCGCGAGCGCUUCGUCUUCUUCAUGCCACCGAAUCGCUUCUCGAUGCAGUCACUGACGUUUCGGGCAAGUCUCGCGAUGAGUGCCGGUGUUUAGUACUGGAAGCAGUGCGCAGCUUCGAGUGUCAACCCUGAGGAUGUAAUGUCACUAUAGGGCAUAUGAAAGCGUGUUAGCGCCUCACAGGUGUUGUAUGCAAAAACUAGCGUAGCCAACUUAAUCACUGCGAUAAUUAGUGGUGGGCUAGUAAUCACGAUAUCCCCGGACAGUGCGCGUUCAUAUAGCGACUGGCUUUAUCAGCGCAGGUGACUUUGCCGUAUUCUAGUCGAGCUGUGGAAGUUUGUCAUCAAAGCUAACCUGUGAAAGUGAAUACUAGGCGCUGUGUGCUAUUUUCCUAAUUGCCACAAUUGUUUCAGGCCAUCGCUGCGCGAUAGUCGCGUAUCUCAGAGCUCUCAAUAAACUUUUUCCAU